AAAUGUGGGCUGAAAAUUACGAAGCGGCGAAGAGGAUGAUGAAGUAAAGCGAGUGCAGGACUGUUAGAACUGAAACCUGAGAAACUAUGUGGGCAGCUCCGGUCUCUUUUCCAUCGUACAACUAUGGAAAACCCAUUAACACUCUUCAAGCUUCUGGGUCAAACCGUAGGGUGCCCAUGUCUUUGAAGCUCAGAGCUUCCUUCUACGACUAUCCUCUCGCAAGCAGAAUCAUGGUCAAAAGUGCAAUUUGUGUUUCUAAUCAGUUCCUCUCACUGACCUUUCUAUCCACUCUGCCUAUUGAAUAUGAUAUUAAAGAGCCACUUGAAUAUGAUAUACCAUAUUCCACCAGUGAAAAUAGUUUGCAGCAGAAGUUUUCAAAUUUCGGAGAGAUAGCUGAAGUUAAACUAGUGAAGGAUGAAACUUCAAAGAGGUCUAAGGGGUUUGCAUUUAUUCAGUAUACCAGCCAAGAUGAUGCAAUGCUUGCCCUGGAAAACAUGGACCACCAGACUUUUGAUGGCAGGGUCAUCUAUGUAGAGCUUGCAAAACCUGGUAAAGAUGCUUAUGCAGGAUACCCAAAAACAUCUGGACCCCCAAAGAAGCAGUAUAUGCAGCAGCAAGAGGAAGUUACAGACUGCUGGUACUGAUAGCAAACAAACAAACAGGAAAUUUCAAAAUAUUACUGGAUGCAAAAUGUACAUUUGACUCCCAGCAACUCAAUGUGGCUGAAGCAUUAAUGUUAUGGAGCCAUUAUUAGAAUGACUGAACAUCAUUCAUUACUCCAUUUGUAUUAGAAUGUAUGAAUAUAACAUUUGUUAUUAAUGGAAGUCUCAAAUGUCUAUGUGGUCAUGGAAAAAAGAUGUCCUUUCUUUAUGGAAAAAGGGAACUUAAUCCAUUGACAGAAGAAACCAGCUACAUUAGACAUGAGAUACAAUAGUAUAGAGAAUAAUUGCAUUUAAGCAUUUGAUUUA